AUGACAUACUCAGGGUUAGUUACUCCUCAUUCAAGACCAAGCACUCCUUCUUUUGCAACAAAUUCUAAUGCUGCAACUGCAACUACAGCUACAACUACGGGACCUUUAAACUCUGGUUCUGGAUCCACUCACAAAGUAAUUGUUCCAUCGUAUGAAAAGCCUAUAUAUGAAUCCUUAUCACAAAUUUAUAAAGCGUUAUUGGAGUUGAAGAACAAUAGAAACAAAUAUAUUAAUUCAAAACAAAUAUACAAGAUUUAUCAUGAGUUUCUUGAUAUUUUGAAUGAAUUGAAAUUGACGAGAAAGGAUGAAGAAUUGAAAGGUAUUACAUUGAAUUUACCCAAUACUAAUGAUUUAAUUACAGAUGAUAUUUUUCAAUUAUUGUCUUUAUGUUUUGUGACUUGUGGGUUGACCAAAUUUGCACCAGCUACAUAUAGUUCUUUAAGCACAGUUAUGAAAUUAUUGAAUCAUUUGAAAGAAUGCAAAGUGUACACCGUUGAGGACUUGGCUCCUAUUGGAAUUAGAUUAGCUGAAAUUAGAGACAUUGUUAUUUCUACCAGUAAUUAUGAAGAGGAUGAUGAUGAUGAAGAUGAUGAAGAAGAUGCUACUCGUCACUCAAACCAUCAAAUUGAAGAAACAUUGUUGAGAAACAAAUUAAUCAAAUGUGAAACAUUAUACCAAGAGUUGGAGAAUAAUUUCAAAAAUGUUCCAAAAGAUUUAGAACCAACUUAUAAUAAAUUAAUCGAACUAAGAAAAAAUAUUUUGAAUUACAUGAUUAGUUAUAAAGAUGAAAAAUCUAAUGCCGGGAAAAAUUUAAUCAAACAUGAAAAGUUAACAGUGAAAAUAAAUCAGUUUAAAGCAGAGUUGAAAAAAAUUGAACAAUACAGAGAUGAAACAGAUAUGAAGUUUCAUAGCAAUGAUGUUUCUGAUUUGGAUGAACAAAAACUUGAAUCAUUACAAGCUAUAAUGAAUGGAUUAAUAGAUGAAUGUAAUAACUUAUUAGGUGAUUUACUAGUACAAGAUGAUAGUGAAGAGAUUUCCUCCUCGUUGUCUUCAUUAAAUUUGAGUGAAGAAAGUCUGGAAUUGAAAGCUAAAUAUGAUUCCAUUUAUCACCAAUUACAAGAUUUGAAAUUAACUUUAGAGAAUUUGUUGAUCACUAGAAGAUGGACAUUAAGAGAAACUGAUUUAUACUCAUAUCAAAAACAGUUGAAGACUUUUGAUGAACAGAGGUUGAAUUUGGUUAACCAAACAAACAAGGAUGACACGAAGGCAUUCAAAAAGUCGCAAUUAUUGAUUUUAUUUCUUUUGAGACGAUGUUAUGGAUUGGUUUAUAAAUUAUUGGAGAGUAGUGAACCGGUCAGUGAAAGUUUGACUCCUAUUCAUAAUCAAUUACAAACAGUAAAGAGAUGUCUUUUGGAAUUGAAGCGUGUGGAUGGAUUAAACAAUUUAAAAGAAUUAUAUCCGUUCCAGUUUAAAUUGGCAUCGUUAGAUAAUCUUCGUCAAGAUGGCAAGUUUAUUGUCGAUGGCAGCAUACCCGAGGGUCAAGGAACACUAAAUGCUUUGCUUGCCGAAUGCUUUGAUAUUGUACAAGAAUUGAAGAUUGAAUUAGAGGAAAAAGAAUUCGAGAAUGGCGAUGAAGGUGAAGAUGACUUAACCGGUGGUAGUUUUACCAACUCCAAAACAAUCGGUAACGGUAACAAUGAGUUGACUGAUGAUGAUGUUGAAAUCAAAAGAAAUAGAUUUCAUGAUUUUAAUGAAGCUGAUUAUGACUUAGAUAGUGAACCAGAUUAUGAUGAUGACAAUGACUAUAGUAUAAGUGGAUCAGAAUACGAAGGAAAUGAUUACUACUAA